CGAUCCCCGCGCUGCCAUUGGCUGAGGCUUCUGCAGCGCUGUGCUCUGGCGGCUCGCGAGGAAUUUGCCUUAUUAGGACUAUAUCAAGAUGUCCAAGUCCCUGAAGAAGAUAGUGGAGGAGAGCAAGGAGAAGAACAUCCCUGACAUCGACAUGUCUGACCGGGGCGUCAGUAGCAUGCUGGACAUCCCCGCCCUGUUCACGCUGUCGCACAUCACCCAGCUGAUCCUGAGUCACAACAAGCUGACCAGUGUUCCGGCCAACAUUGCAGAUCUGAAGAACUUGGAGGUGCUGAACUUUUUCAACAACCAGAUCGAGGAGCUCCCAACGCAGAUAAGCAGCCUGCAGAAGCUCAAGCAUCUGAACCUGGGCAUGAACAGGUUAAACUCCUUACCUCGAGGGUUUGGGUCCUUGCCGGCUCUGGAAGUCCUGGAUUUGACUUACAACAACCUGAGUGAGGGCUCCUUACCAGGGAACUUCUUCUAUCUGACCACCCUGCGCGCUCUCUAUCUAAGUGACAACGAUUUCGAAGUCCUGCCGGCCGAUAUUGGGAAGCUCACAAAGUUGCAGAUAAUCAGUCUGCGAGACAAUGACUUGAUUUCCUUACCGAAAGAGAUUGGUGAACUGUCUCAGCUGAAGGAGCUGCACAUACAAGGAAACCGACUGACUGUGUUGCCCCCCGAGCUCGGAAAUUUGGAUCUCACUGGUCAAAAGCAGGUCUUCAAAGCCGAGAAUAACCCCUGGGUCACGCCUAUCGCUGAUCAGUUCCAACUUGGAGUGUCUCACGUCUUUGAAUACAUUCGCUCUGAAACCUACAAAUACCUUUACGGAAGACACAUGCAAGCGAACCCAGAGCCCCCAAAGAAGAACAAUGACAAGUCUAAGAAGAUCAGCCGCAAGCCUCUGGCAGCGAAGAAUAAAUAGAUUAUCGAUAGGCGCUCGCCCUUCACGCCCGGUUUCUGCAUGUGCCUAAUUAUUUCUAUUUAUUUCCUGAUCUAUCACAUCAGGGAGAAGCCAAGACGCGUAUAAGGCCGCUCUGGUACUGACCCUGUUUGCCUUACUGAUAUACCGCAGGAGAAGACGGCGCAUUACCAGCUGUGCAUUUAUAGCGGUUACCCUUCUAUACUGUGUCUGCAUCCACCGGCAUUAACCCUUGCUGCUCACCAUCGUCAUACUGUUUCUGUACAUCCACCUGUAAUAUAUCGCUAACCUGUCACUCAGGUCUAUGAGUUGCGGACAAGAUGUAAUCUGCCAUUUUUUUAUUAUCUUUCUAUUACAAUAUUUUUUAUAUAUGUUUUUUUUUUUUGUCCCAGAUGGUUUUAUAUCAUGAAGUGCCUGUUCCGAGGUGUGUAGGGGGGUUCAGCAGCAGUAGUAGUCAAACCCGGGCUCUGGUGCCUUACAGGGCCCAUAGGCCACAUACUGCAAGAAGACCUGAGUAUUAUAAAUGGUAGGGGCGUUUGCAUUGGGGCCCAGGGACUUUAAAGAGGAGCUCUCGCCUCUCCUGACCUGUGUUUUAGUAACUUUAGUCCUUUAGUAAUUCUGGAGCAUCUAAUCUUAUGACUCUGUGUUGUGUCAUCCCUUUAUUAUUCCUGCUAGAAGCUAUGAAUGAAUUUCCAGCAGGGAAGGUCCAGUUGGGGGGGGGGGGGGGGUCCCU